AUGAGAAGUGAUGAGAUCGCUCAGCACUCCUUCGAUGCCCUCCCCAAAGUCAAAAGCGAGGUCGAAGUAGCGACCGAGCGGCUGAAUGCACUGUACAACACGCUUCAAGGUGACAUGGAGACGGUGGCUGAGAUCAGAAGCAACAUCACCAAGGAGCUUAAGAACGCAGAGGUGGCCGUACGCUACACCGAGCGACUCGCGGCCAAUGUGCCUCUCAUCUCGCAGCAGAACCUCGUCCUGCCCCCACAGUACUUCCGUGAACUCCUCGGCACGUUCGAGAAGAGGAUGGAGCAGUAUCGACAUGUCCUUCAUGAGAUUCUGCAACUCAGGGAGAACGAGCCCAAGACCUACACACCCCAGAUGCUGCAGGACAUCUUGCGCCAUCAGUACGAAGCGUUCAUGGCGGCUGCGGCGCGAGUGGCCGAUCUGCACGAGGCCACCGAGGCGUCCAAGGAGCAAUACGUCGCCCUGCGCAAUCAGGCCACCGGCGGCAACGAGACCGUGGAGGACCUCUUCGAAAAGGAGGAGAAGAGACGACAGCGACAAAAGGCCAAACUGAUGCCACUGGCGACCCCCGCUGCCUCUGCGCCGGCCCCCGCCGGAGCGUCCACCCCGGCCGGCGCCGCGACGCCGUCUGCUGGCGGUGGUCUAUGGCCUUCCACGGGAGCGACGCCCACGAGCGGCACGGGCGCCGCGGCGUCGACGCCCUUCAGCUUCAACAUGGGCUCGGCCUUCACGCCAGCAACCACGCCAUCGACGCCGGCCGCGGCCACGACCACCUCCUUCCCGAGCUUCGGCGCGGCGGCCACCACCCCAACCGCCUCGACGCCCGCCUCCCUCACCUCCUCCCUCUUCGGGUCGUCGCAGACCAGCAGCGCCGGCGGGCUGGGCUUCUCAACGGCCGGCACUGCCCUCAGCUUCCCCACCACGCCCACCGCGACGCGGCCCUCGUCUUCCGGCGGCGGCCGACCCACCACCGGCCGCAAGGGCAAAGGCAAGUAG